AUGGCUGACAUUAAGAAAGCUUGCGUGGCCUCCCUGGCAACAGUGCCCCUUGGAAGAACACCCAAGGAGGCCCAAAACGGCAAGGACUUCUACAAGUACUUGUUCACCAAUCAUCAGGAUCUUCGCAAGUACUUCAAGGGAGCUGAGAGCUUCUCUGCUGACGACGUUCAAAAAAGUGACAGGUAUACUUCCAUGGAUUGGCUUUUCACCUAA